AUGGAACGCAGGCUGGCUGGUAGGAACAGAGGAAGUCUGGCUGGACCACCGGCUGGCUGGCAGGACCAGAACACAGGCUGGCUAGCAGGAACGCAGGCUGGCUGGCAGGAACGCAGGUUGGCUGUCAGGCACACUGCCUGGCUGGCUGACUGGCUGGCAGGAACGCUGGCUGGCAUUAACGCUGGAUGGCAGCAACACAGGCUGGCUGGCAGCAACACAGGCUGUUUGGCAGGAACGCAGGCUGGCUGGCAGGAACACAGGCUGGCUGGGAGUAACGCAGACUGGCUGGCAGGUACGCGGACUGGCUGCCAGGAACACUGGCUGGCUGGCUGGCAGGAAGGCUGGCUGGCAGGAAUGCUAUCUGGCUGGCACAAACACAGGCUGGCUGGCAGGAACGCAGGCUGGCUGGCAGGAACACAGGCUGGCUGGCAGGAACGCAGGCUGGCUGGCAGGAACGCAGGCUGGCUGGCAGGAACACUGGCUGGUUGGCGGGUUGGCUGGCAGGAAUGCUGGCUGACUGCCAGGAAUACCUGCCACAGGCUGGCAAGAAUGCUCUCUGGCUGGAUGGAACGCUGGCUGGCUGGUAGGAACGCAGGCAGGCUGGCUGCACCACAGGCUGGCUGGCAGGACCUGUGGGUGGCUGGCUGGCCAACUGGCAGGAACGCUGACUGUCAGGAACGCUGCCUGGCAGGAACGCUGGCUGUCUGGCAGGGGAGCUGGCUGGCAGGAAAUUUGUCUGCCUGGCUGGCAGGCAUGCAGGCUGGUUUGUAG